AUGGUGUCAGCAACGAGCGGCGGGUACCUGCUCCUGGUGGUAUUCAUCUGCCGGGGGCUGGGCUGCAGCUGCCAGGCUCAGGCAAACACGUCUGCAGCUUCUGAAACAACAACGUCUGCAUCGGCUCACAACCAGGGCAGUUUCAUUUUCGACUCUGUAACGUUUCCCGUGACCGAUGGCGGCUCCAGCCCUCUAAUAUCCGGCGUAGGUGCAGGCAUCUUAGAUAGCCUUGCCGACACCCCCACCGACGCCACCCUUCUGGAGUUGACCUCAUUCAGUCCCGAUUAUGACACCGUUAGAGACUACAUAAAAUCCAAUCAUAGUGCUAUCAGCUCCUUUAUUAUGUAUCUAUGGGUAGCAUUGGGUGUUUUCAUAGUCGUCAUCGUCGUUAUCUUCCUCAUGCGUCUCGCCAGUCUCUGUGGAGCGCGCCGCCAGCAGCGAGUCACCGAGAACUACAUGCUGGCUUUCGUGUUUUAUGCCAUCAGUUUGACGGUUCUGUUUACUCUGUGCGUCAUGUUUUUGGUCUGGCUCAUCAUCACGAGAGAGGCCAUGAACGUUGCACUGAAGGAAUGGGCUCCCGACUUGUACAACUCGACUUUCUUAAACCUCAAACUCUUUGUGAACUUGACGUUGGGUCAAAUUGCGGAGAGUCGCAAAACACAGUUACCUUUUCAUAACGUCAGCAGGGUACUUGGCCCCGAUUUUGACCGGACCUUUGAAAAGUUUAUCGCCAGCAGCGUGAUGGAGGACGCCAGGGUGCCCUUGCACCACAUGGCCCGGGACUGUGCGAUGGACCACCGCUACCUCGGCCGCGUGUUAAAUGCAGCGGGACAUCGUCGCCUGGGCGUCACAUUCAGAAAAAUCGGCGACCAAUGUGCUCGCGUUCACAGAGACAAUGAGGAACUCUUCAGGAACGUCGUCCAGGCUGUUUCCCGGACUACUGCGCCAUAUCGGCUUAAACUCCUGGAGAUUUUAGCAGACUCGAUGUCGACGCUCGACGCCAGUGACGUGGACGUGAGUCCUUCGUACACCAGCAUUGACAUGCUCCAGAUGAAGCUACAAGGGUUUGAGGAAUAUCAUGGCGUGUACAAAUAUUUAACGGAAAAAGCAGUCGUUUGGCUUUUGGUUUUGGUGGCGUUGUUCUUCGUGGCAUUGGCACUGCUCAUAAUUUGUCUGCUGACGGGCAUUGCCGUCCAUCGCCAAUCAGUGAAACCUCAGAAGCGGAGUCAGGUGUCGAAUUCCGUAGGCCAUAUGUUGAUAGUCACAGCUUAUGUCUUCUCCGCAUUUGUAAUUCUAGCCAUCCUUACCGUGAUUUACUUAACCGUAUACAACACACUCGGAUAUUGCCACUUUUGCGGGCCUUACUUGAAAAAAGAUUAUGCCAUUCUGGACGAUGCCGUCGACAGAAUGUGGCCUGACCAGUGCCACCUCAUGGUCGCACCUUUCAUUACCACAGCCUUGCUGUCCCACAAGUGUAAUACUUGGUGGCCCCCGCGCAAGGAUCGUUACCAAAGCUCACUCGCGCUUCUGCUGUUGCAUCGGCGCUACCUGAAUUCGAUGGGACCCGCGGUGGCCGACCGGUGGCUGGUUGCUGCGGCAUGCUGCUGGAUGAACGUCUUCGGAUCCGGCAUGCUCCGUUCGACGGCAGUUGUCUUUGCGGGCAGUCUGCAGUCGUUCCACGUCACCAGGGAACAGGCGGCCUGGCCCGUCACUCUCGCCGGAUUUUCCUACAUGUUUUCAGCGCUUGCAGCGGGAGUCCUCGCAAGAUACAUCAGCGUCUGGAAGCUGACCCUGGCGGGAUCUGUGGUCAGCGCCAUGAGCGUUUCGCUCUGCUACUUCGCCAAUGGCAUACCCUAUCUUAUCGCCUUCUACGGAAUAUUACAAGGCAUCACCGCCGCGUACACGACGCUUACUACCACGGUCAUCAACCGACACUUCACUAACUACAAGACAGUCGCUUCUGGCAUUAGCAACGCAGGAUUCACGAUCGGAGGCCUCGCCUUCCCCCCGAUUGCACAGCUCUUCUUCGACCGUUACGGCCUAAGAGGAGGUCUGUUGUUGGGGGGUGCUUUGAUGCUCAACGCUGCCGCCGCCGCCUUGCUACAACGAGAUCCUCGUGUGGUGUCUGUUCCUACUUCUCACGAGAAAGCACGGACUGAUUCUCCUAGAGCCAAGGCAUUACAAGGAGCCACCCUUGAGAAUGAGGGUUCCCGCGCUCCAGGAGAGCUCUCAGCCGGACUCCUGCCAAAAUCUGCGCGGUCGUCAAGUGAAGAUAAUUUAAGCACCGAAGAUGAAGACAUAAAUAUUCUUUUGUCUUCAAGAGUGACAGACAACCCCGGAACUGAUCAGCUCAAUGCACAAAAUAUAGAACUAGUGGAACCACAAGUUCAGGAUGCGCUAAAUAUGUACGACGUUUCGAGGACAGCACAGAAGCUAGUAACAGGGUCAAGUGUUCGAAGCCAUAUACUCGGAUCAUUGUCGUUCUUUGCCAUCCCCAAGUUCUACGCCAUUGCAUUCUCAUAUUCACACAUUUUUCUUAGCGUUACCACCUACAUAACCGUCGUCGUGGACUUCGCAAUGGAUCAGAAAAUAUUGAAAUGGAACGCUGUUCUCUUGAUCACGAUCUUUGCAACAGCGGAGAUGGUGUCGAGUUUUGCAUCCGGAUGGGUUACAGACAAGGGCUUCUUGAGAAGGAGCACCAUGAUGACGCUGCACUUUCUCCUCUCGGCCAUGGCCUUGUUUCUUUUGCCCCUUUGUUACUCGUAUUCCCUCAUGGUCCUUAUGUCCGUGAUUCUAGGCUGGUCCACUGGAGCCACCGAGAUCCUGAUACAUGUUUUCUUCAUGGAACUGGUUGAGUCCGCCAACUUCAGCGUCUGCUUCGGUGCGGCGUCCCUCAUGGCUGGCCUGUCCGGGCUUGCCAGGCCUCCGAUAAUUGGACACUUCAGGGACGGAUUGGGAAGUUAUCGCGGAUUGUUCUGGCUCCUAGGAACUUUGUCAGCCUGCAACGUCGUCUUAUGGUGCGGGCUUUGCUUGAGAGAGAGGCGGAGAUGCAACGAGAGAAAUCUCGACAAGCGGCAACCGAAGGAACAUCCCCAGGCAUGACAAUCUGCCGCUGGCUGUUGUCACGGUCUGCACCCGUCCAAAGCUCUGUUCUAUUCCCUCUUUACGUACCAAUAAACCAACAGGGUUCAAGAA